UUGAUAUGCAUGAGUAUGAGAGAGACCUUAAUGUUUUGCCUGAUUUAUUCACUGUUUCAAAGCCAAGUAAAUGCAAAGGGGUUCAGUCACCCACCUCACUAACCUUGAAUUUACUUCAGUCACCCACUACCACCUUAGAAGCCACACUUUACAUUCCAAACAGUAAUGCUUAUAUUUUGUCAUUUGUUUGGUCAUGCUCUCAGUAUUAUCUUUGCUUCUUUACUCCUUGUUGGUUUUCUACGGAAUGUUCAUUGGGAUAGUGACAAGUAAUUAAAGACAAGUCACAACUCAGUAGUCAUCCAAUUCCAAGAAGACAGCAGCUUCAAAACGAGGGAAGUAUUCAUAAAGGAGAAUACAGAGAGGCAAAUAUAAAGAAGAAAAGAAAUGGGAAAAUAGAGUACUUUGGUGAAGAACAGGAGAUUUCCUCAUUCUUAGUUUGUCUCACAACAAAGCAGCUUCAAAACGAGGGAAGUAUUCAUAAAGGAGAAUACAGAGAGGCAAAUAUAAAGAAGAAAAGAAAUGGGAAAAUAGAGUACUUGCUGAAGAACAGGAGCUUUCCUCAUUCUUAGUUUGUCUCACAACAAAGAGAUGUAAUUGUACCUAGUACAAGAAAAUCAAGGUCAAAGCAUGGACGCUGUGUCAUCCGCACUACUAGAGCCAGUAACUAAUUCUGUGUUGGAUCUGAUUAAAAAGCAAGUGGAUUACAUCCGUUAUAGGCAAAACUUUGAUGAACUACGCGAGUGUGUAAAGCAGCUUAAACUUGUAAAGGAGAAAGUAGAUCAUCAAUGUGAGGAAGCUUUCAAAAAUGGACACGAAAUUGAAGGUAAGGCUAGAGAAUGGUUAGGGAAAGUGGGUAAAUUUGAGACAGAAGUGGAGAAGUAUUGGAACGAUGAUGGCCACAAAAAGACACGGUUUUCCAACUAUUUAUUUCUUUACUUUUGGCAUAGACUAGGCAGACUAGCAAAGAAGAUGGCAGUUGAGGGUAAAAAGAUAACCGAUGAUUGCCCCAAGUCUGAUGAAAUUGCCCAUCGGGUAUACGUAACAUCUAAUGAUGCCAUUUUGUCUAAUAAUGACCUUAUGGAUUUUGGUUCUAGAAAAUCCAUAAUGGAACAAAUAAUGGCAACACUUGUUGAAGAUCCCACUGUGAAAAUGAUUGGAGUGUAUGGGCGAAGUGGGGUGGGUAAGAGCACUUUAAUCAAAGCAAUUGCUAAAAUUGCUCGAGACAAGAAGUUGUUUAAUGUGGUGGCUUUUUCAGAAAUAACAGACAACCCCAAUCUAAAACAAGUCCAGGAAGAUAUUGCUUACCCUUUGGGAUUGAAAUUGGAAGGAGAAGGUGAGAAUGUAAGAGCUGAUCAUCUACGAAGGAGGUUAAAGAAAGAGAAAGAGAACACCCUUAUAAUCUUGGAUGACCUUUGGGACAGAUUAGACUUGAAUAGGUUGGGAAUUCCACUUGAUGGUGAUGUUGAUGAUAAUGAUUUAAGCAAGAAGACAAAUAGUGAUAAUCAGGGUCCCCAAGGGCCGACAAAAGAAAAAUCUCUUGGUGAUUAUAAGGGUUGCAAAAUUUUGCUAACUUCAAGGAAACAAAAUGUAUUAACGGAUAAAAUGGAAGUUAAAUUAACUUUCUGUGUAGAGGAAUUAGAUGAAAAAGAUGCUCUGAAGUUGUUUCGGAAGGAGGCUGGAAUACAUGGUGAAAUGUCCAAGUCUAAACAAGAAAUUGUUAAGAAGUACUGUUCAGGGUUACCUAUGGCAAUAAUUACAGUUGGAAGGGCAUUAAGAGACAAGAGCGACUCAGAGUGGGAAAAACUUAAAAAUCAAGACCUGGUGGGAGAUCAGAAUCCUAUGGAGAUUUCUGUAAAAAUGAGUUAUGACCAUCUAGAAAAUGAGGAGCUCAAGUCCAUUUUCUUUCUUUGUGCUCAAAUGGGUCAUCAACCCCUAAUUAUGGACUUGGUGAAGUAUUGCUUUGGUUUGGGAAUACUUGAAGGGGUCUACUCACUUGGGGAAGCUCGAGGCAAAAUAUCUACAUCAAUCCAAAAGUUGAAAAACUCAGGUUUAGUGUUGGAUGGAAGUUCUAGUAUUCAUUUCAAUAUGCAUGAUCUGGUUCGAGAUGCAGCUUUAUCUAUAGCACAGAAGGAGCACAAUGCAUUUACUUUGAGAAAUGGGAAACUUGAUGAUUGGCCUGAACUCGAGAGGUGUACUUCUAUUUUUAUAUGCAACAGUGUUAUCAUUGAUGAGCUUCCAGAAGAAAUAAAUUGUCCUCAACUUAAAUUUUUCCAAAUUGACAGUGAUGAUUCAUCUUUAAAAAUACCCAACAGUUUUUUUAAAGGAAUGAAAAAGCUCAAAGUAUUAAUGUUGACUGGUAUUCAACUCUCAAGCUUACCAUCUUCAAUUGAAAGCCUAUCAGACCUCAGAUUGCUUUGUUUGGAGAGAUGCACUUUAGAUGACAACUUAUCCAUCAUAGGGAAGCUGAAAAAAUUAAGAAUUCUCAGCUUUUCUGGAUCUCGAAUUGAAAAUUUGCCAGCUGAGUUAAAGAACUUGGAUAAACUACAAUUACUAGACAUCAGCAAUUGUUCAGUAGUCAAGAGGAUUCCGCCUCAGCUUAUGUCAAGGUUGACUUCGUUGGAAGAGUUGUAUGUAAGAAAGUGCUUCAUGGAAGUGUCGGAGGAAGGAGAGAGAAACCAAUGUCAAAUUUCAUUUAUUUCUGAACUAAAGCAUUUGCAUCAAUUGCAAGUGGUGGACUUAAGCAUUCCAUGUGCUGAAGUUUUUCCCAAGGAAUUGUUCUUUGACAACUUAAGUGAUUACAAGAUUGAGAUUGGGAACUUCGAAAUGCUUUCAGCUGGAGAUUUCAGAAUGCCUAAUAAGUAUGAAAAUUUCAAAUCUUUGGCAUUGGAGCUGAAGGAUGACACUGACAAUAUUCACUCUCAGAAAGGAAUAAAGUUGUUGUUUAAAAGAGUUGAAAAUUUGUUGUUGGGAGAGCUGAAUGGUGUUCAAGAUGUUAUUAAUGAGUUGAAUUUGGAUGGAUUUCCACAACUGAAACACUUUUCCAUCGUAAACAACCCUAGCAUCAAAUAUAUCAUCAACUCAAAGGAUUUGUUUUAUCCUCAGGAUGUUUUUCCCAAGUUGGAAUCUCUAUGCCUCUACGAACUAAAUAAGAUAGAGAUGAUAUACUUUAGUUCAGGUACAGAGAUGAUAUGCUUUAGUCCAUUUACAGAUUGCUCAUUCACCAAAUUGAAAACCAUCAAGGUCGAGAAGUGUGACCAAUUGAAGAAUCUUUUCUCCUUUUGCAUGGUUAAAUUGCUUGCGAGUCUUGAAACAAUUGGUGUUUCCAAUUGUGGUUCUUUAGAGGAGAUCAUUAAAAUACCUGACAAUUCUGAUAAGAUUGAGUUUCUUAAGUUGAAGUCUUUGUCACUUCAAUCAUUAUCAUCAUUCACUAGUUUUUAUACCAUAGAGGGGUCUUCUACAGACAGGGAUGAGAUACAAAUUACUGUUGCAGAGAAUGAGCAUAGUGAGAUGGCUCCUCCUCUUUUUGGGGAACUGGUUGAAAUACCAAACUUAGAGAACUUGAAUUUAAUCUCAAUGAACAAGAUCCAGAAGAUAUGGAGCGACCAGCCCCCGUCAAACUUCUGCUUUCAAAACUUGAUAAAAUUAGAUGUGAAAGGUUGUCAUAAUUUGAGAUAUUUGUGUUCAUUGUCCGUGGCCAGCAGGUUGAGGAAACUGAAAGGCCUCUUUGUAAGCAACUGUGAAAUAAUGGAGAAGAUUUUCAGCACAGAAGAAGGAAAUAGUGCAGACAAGGUUUGCGUCUUUCCUAAGUUGGAGGAAAUCCGCCUCGACCAAAUGGAUGAGUUAACAGACAUAUGGCAAGCUGAUGUGAGUGCUGAUUCCUUUUCUAGUCUCACUUCUGUGUACAUUAAUAGGUGCAAUAAACUAGACAAAAUUUUUCCGAGUCACAUGGAAGGAUGGUUUGCCAGUUUGAACAGCUUGAAGGUUUAUUCUUGUCGGUCAGUGAAAGUGAUUUUUGAAAUCAAAGAUUCUCAGCAAGCAGAUGCAUCUGGUGGGAUAGACACAAAUUUGCAGGUUGUUGAUUUAAGCCUACUCCCAAAGUUGGAGCAGGUGUGGAGCAGGGAUCCAGGAGGAAUUCUUAACUUCAAAAAACUGCAGAGUAUAGCGGUGAGUGGUUGUGAUAGACUGAGGAAUGUAUUUCCAGCUUCUGUGGCCAAAGAUGUUCCAAAGCUUGAAUACAUGUCGGUAGGAAUUUGUGAUGGAAUUGUGGAAAUUGUUGCCUGUGAAGAUGGAUCCGAAACAAACGCUGAACAAUUAGUGUUUCCUGAACUAACCGACAUGAAAUUACGUUACCUAUCAAGCAUCCAGCAUUUCUACAGGGGGAGACAUCCUAUAGAGUGUCCAAAAUUGAAGAAGUUGGAAGUAUGGGAAUGUAACAAGAAGCUAAAAACAUUCGGAACCGGAGAAAGGAGCAAUGAAGAAGAUGAAGCAGUUAUGUCAGCUGAAAAGAUAUUCUCCAACUUGGAGUGUUUGGUUAUUGACUUUGACGAAGCACAGAAGUGGUUAUUGAGCAACACUGUGAAGCAUCCAAUGCACCGUUUAAAAGAGCUUUGGUUAAGUGAAGUUAAUGAUGGUGAACGUCUCUGUCAGAUUCUGUACAGAAUGCCAAAUCUAGAAAAGUUAUACUUGUCGGGCGCUAAAUAUUUGCUUAAAGAGUCGUCGGAGUCACGUUUGGGAACCGUAUUACAGCUGAAGGAAUUGGAUUUGUGGUGGUCGGAGAUAAAGGAUAUAGGAUUUGAACGAGAACCAGUUCUACAGAGACUAGAGCUUUUGAGCUUACAUUCGUGCCACAAAUUGAGGAAUUUGGGUCCUCCCUCGGUAUCAUUGGCUUACUUGACAAAUUUGAAAGUAGAGGAUUGUAAAGGAUUAAGGAAUUUAAUGGCAUCCUCAACGGCAAAAAGCUUGGUUCAACUUAAGUCCAUGAAGAUAAGCCAUUGUAAUAAAUUAGAGGAAAUAGUAAGCGAUGAGGGAAAUGAAGAAGCAGAGCAAAUAGUGUUUGGCAAAUUGAUUACUAUAGAACUUGUGCGGCUAAAAAAGCUGAAAAGUUUUUGCAGGUACAAGAACUGUGAAUUCAAAUUCCCGUCAUUGAAAGUAUUAACAGUGAAAGAAUGCCGAAUGAUGGAAAGAUUCACGGAGGGUGGCGCAAGAGCACCAAAGUUACAAAACAUAGUUACUGAUGACAAUGAAGAAGGAAAAGAGGAAGCCAAAUGGCAGUGGGAAGGAGACUUGAAUGCCACCAUACAAAACAAGAUUUUGGAGUCUGCACGUACUGAUAAAAGGCUCACAGUCAGCCCACUACUACAAGAGAUAUGGCUUGGCUCACGGCCGAUCCCAAAGUCGUGCUUCAGUAACUUGAAGUCUUUGACUGUGGACGGAUGCCAACUUUUAACAGAUGUUGUCAUACCCUUCUAUUUACUUCCUCUCUUAACUAAUUUGCAAGAAUUACAUGUCCGAAACUGUGGUUCUGUGAAAAGCAUAUUUGACGUGAAAACAGCUAUGGGAUUGGGAGCAGCAGCCUUCCCUAGACCUCUCCCUUUUUCCCUCAAGAAAUUGACUUUAGAGAGGCUGCCAAAACUGGAGAAUGUCUGGAAUGAAGAUCCUCAUGGAAUUCUAACCAUGCAACUUCUACAACAUGUUAUUGUUGAGAAAUGUAAAUGCCUUACAAGUGUGUUUCCCGCAUCAGUAGCCAAAGAUCUUGAAAUACUAGUUGUCAAAGACUGUGAGGAAUUGAUGGAAAUUGUUGCAGAGGAUAAUGCAGAUCCAAGAGAAGACAAUCUAGAGCUUACGUUCCCUUGUCCCUGUGUGAGGUCAUUGAAACUACAAGGUUUGCCCAAGUUCAAGUAUUUUUAUUACUGCUCACUGCAGUGUGACAUGUUCCAGACACCUACCGAAGAUGAAAUGCCUACAUCCAACUUGAAGUGCCUGUCACUCGGUGAAAAAGGACUGGAGAUGAUCAAGCGUGGAGAAUUUCAGAGAAACUUCAUACACAAGUUACAAGUUCUUACUCUGUGCUUUCAUAAUGGGUCGGAUGUAUUUCCAUAUGAAAUUCUACAACUGGCGCCCAAUAUAGAGAAGCUUGUGGUGUACAAUGCUUCCUUCAAGGAGAUUAAUGUGGAUUACACUGGACUCCUAUUACAGCUCAAAGACCUAUGCUUGGAGUCCCUUCCAGAGCUUGUUUCCAUUGGGUUAGAGAACUCUUCCAUUCAGCCCUUAUUGGGAAAUCUAGAAACCUUGGAAGUAAUAGGUUGUUCUAGUUUAAAAGACUUGGUACCAUCUACAGUGUCUUUCUCCAAUCUGACAUAUUUGCAAGUACAAGAUUGCGACAGCCUGCUAUAUUUGUUGACAUCCUCAAUAGCCAAAAGUUUGACUCGACUCAAAAGAAUGGAGAUAAAAAGUUGUUAUUCAAUUGAAGAGAUAGUCUCUAAGGAGGGGGAUGAAUCACAUGAGAAUGAAAUAAUAUUUCCGCAGCUCAAUUGUUUGAAACUUGAAAGAUUACGAAAGCUGAGAAGGUUCUACAGAGGAAGUUUAUUAAGUUUCCCAUCAUUGGAGGAAUUGUCAGUAAUCGAUUGCGAGUGGAUGGAAACAUUAUGUCCAGGUACCCUAAAAGCAGACAAGUUGGUUCAAGUUCAACUCAAGAGUUAUUCUUGGAGUCACUCAGAUCCUAUCAAAUUGGAAAAUGACCUGAACUCUACCAUGCGGGAGGCAUUUAGGGAAAAGUUAUGGCACUCUGCAAGUUGGCCAUGGGAAUCAGAUCUUGACCUCAAAGAUAGCCCAGUACAAGAGAUAUGGCUUAGGCUUCACUCACUGCAUAUCCCCCCACACUUCUGCUUCACUUACUUAGACACCUUGAUUGUGGACGGCUGCCAUUUUUUAUCAGAUGCGGUCUUACCCUUCUCUUUACUUCCUUUAUUGCCUAAAUUGAAAACAUUGAAAGUUCGAAACUGUGAUUUUGUGAAAAUCAUAUUUGAUGUGACAACUAUGGGACCACUCCCUUUUGCCCUGGAGAAUUUGAUUUUAGAGCGGCUGCCAAAUCUGGAGAAUGUUUGGAAUUCAAAUGUUGAGCUUACGUUCCCCCAAGUCAAGUCAUUGUCACUGUGUGAUCUGCCAAAGUUAAAGUAUGACAUGUUGAAGCCAUUUACACAUCUAGAACCACAUGCUCUAAAUCAAGUCUCUAUUCAAAAGCUUACACCCAACAUAGAGCACCUGACACUCGGUGAACAUGAACUCAACAUGAUUUUGAGUGGAGAAUUCCAGGGAAACCACUUAAACGAGUUAAAAGUUCUUGCUCUGUUCUUUCAUUUUGAGUCCGAUGUAUUUCUACAACGGGUGCCCAAUAUAGAGAAGCUUGAGGUGCUUGGUGGUUUCUUCACAGAGAUUUUCUGCUUUGAUAGUCUUAAUGUGGAUGAGGCGGGAUUGCUUUCACAGCUGAAAGUGAUAUGCUCGGACUCCCUUCCAGAGCUUGUUUCCAUUGGGUCAGAGAACUCUGGGAUUGUGCCCUUUCUCAGAAAUCUAGAAACAUUGCAAGUAAUCAGCUGUUUGAGUUCAAUAAAUCUGGUACCAUGCACAGUGUCUUUCUCCAAUCUGACAUAUUUGAAAGUAAAAAGUUGCAAGAGUCUGCUAUAUUUGUUCACAUCCUCAACAGCAAGAAGUUUGGGUCAACUCAAAACAAUGGAGAUAAGUUGGUGUGAUUCAAUUGAAGAGAUAGUGUCUUCAACAGAGGAAGGGGAUGAAUCAGAUGAGAAUGAGAUAAUAUUUCAGCAGCUCAAUUGUUUGAAACUUGAAUAUUUAUUUAAGCUGAGAAGGUUCUACAAAGGGAGUUUAAGUUUCCCGUCCUUGGAGGAAUUCACAGUAUGGCGUUGCGACAGGAUGGAAAGUUUGUGUGCAGGUACAGUCAAAACAGACAAGCUGUUAGAAGUGAAUAUUAAUUUGGGCGGAGAUGUUAUCCCAUUGGAAACUGAUCUGAACUCUGCCAUGCAAAACCGAUAGGCAUUUCUGGCCAGGGCAAUGACUCCAAUAUUAGAGUUAGAGGAGAUGGAUUCAAUAAAAAGAAAAUGGUUAGAGGAGAUCAACAAAUUAAGUGGCCCGGUGCCUACCGAAAAAAAAACAAAGUGGCCCAGUUUUAUUAUAUUUGUUUGUUUGUGAAUAAAAAACGAAUUGUGCGUGUGGUCUACAUAGUUAGUGGUGAAAUACACUGUUCUAUUCUAUUUAUUAUGUAAUGUUUGUGAUUAUAAGUCUUAAACGACCCUGGAGAAUAAAAAUGAAGUGAUGAACUGUAAGUUUGUAACACUAAAACUUGACUCUAUUGUUUUAUGACAAAAUAAAAUAAAAAUGUGUCCUAAAUUAUGUA